GAUAAAUGUGCGCUUAAGCAUGAAACGGACCGCAGCCCUUGAGCCGACUUGUGUCGCAAAUUGGAAAGCAUUAAAGAAUUGUCAAAGUUGGCACAACUGCGCACGCGUCAAUAUUGUAUCAUUCGAGAAUUCAGUGUUUGUCACUCCAGUCACUCCUGUCAAUUCUGACAAAAAACGCUAAGUUUUAAACGCGUGUCGUUACACUAGUUUACAAAAAUGCUGUUCCCAGAUCAAAAAGAAAAUGAUAAAAAAGAAAAUGUUCACAAAUCUUCCAGUCAACAUAUACAAAUGGAAGAGCUGUUGCCGAUUAGAUCAGCAAAAAAAAAUGAAAAAUAUAAUAUGUCAGACAAUAUAAAUGCCAUUAUUCCGUAUGCUACUCUAAGAAUGCGCAACUUUACUAAAAUGUCUAAACAAGAAUAUGCUAAUGCAAUCGCAUGUCAUUUGCAAUCAAGCACAAAAUUCAUGCAUCCUGAGUCAGAAAAAUUUAGAAUGGAAACUUUGAGAGCUAUGCCGCAGUGUCUUACUGUAAAGAGAUCAGUCAAAUUACAGUUACUGGCCACUGUCAACCAAAGAGUAAAAAAAAAGUCACUCAGUUAUUGGAAGUGGUUUAAGUAUAAUAUUAGUCUAAAAUGUACAAAGAUAUGGAUGAUAACAAAGAACUCUCUACUGACAAUAAAACAUCUACUGUGGCAUCAGGCAAUAAAAACUAUCGAGAGUCACAACGGAAGUGGUGUGGCAACGUAUUUCAAGUUUCUAAGAUGGUUAUUUUUUUUGAAUAUAUUUUAUUGUAUUCUGAGUAUAUCUUUCAUUGUGAUUCCACAAUCAUUGAUGGAAACAUAUAAACAAAAUAAUUUUGAAGUAUUGGAUUUAUUAACAGGAAGUGGCUUUUUCUCUCACACAAUAAUGUAUUAUGGUUUUUAUUCCAAUAGUACAAUAGGCACGCCAUUUGAAAUGAAAUAUAGCAUUCCGUUUGCCUAUUUCUUUACACUGCUUUUUUGCUACACAGUUACUUUUAUCACACUUGGUAUCAAAGUUAUAUCUUCCUAUAGAAAGUCUUACGUUAAAAUACGCGGAAAAGCGCACUAUUUGUAUAGUAACAAAAUAUUCUGUGGAUGGGACUGCAGUAUAUCAUCUCCGAAAACCGCUGCUUUGCAGUCAGCAUCUAUUUACAAGGAACUGGAGGAGCUGUUAGAGGAAAAGAGACAGAAAGUGCGUUUGAAUUGGUUUGCCAAGUGUUCAUCACUUAUUAUGCAGCUCGCUGUAACAGCUAUUAUUCUAUUUCUGAUUUGUGGUAACGGUGCGCUGAUCUGGACACUAUUGGAGCAUUACGACAUAGGAAAGUUAGCGGAUAUUUCCGUAAUAAUUGUGCCGAUAGUGAUUACCACUAUCAUUCACGUUUAUCCAACGAUUAUUUCUUAUUUAGCAUCGCUGGAACAUUACAACAACAAACGCACGGAACUUUACGUGACAAUUGUCAGAAAUCACGUAGUUGCUGCGACGAUAAUCGGUAUCCUUUUAGUCUUCUGGAUAACCAACAGUACAUCACAUUGUUGGCAGACGGAUUUGGGAAAAGAAAUUUAUCGACUUAUCGUAUUAGAUUUUAUUGCUUCUGUAUUUGGAAUGUGCUUGCAGUUUGCGCGUUCAAGACUAUAUAGGAGAUGCACGAAAAAGAUCGGCAGACCGGAAUUUGAUAUCGCUCGCAGUACAUUGAACCUCAUAUACAAUCAAGUGCUUUUUUGGAUCGGUUUUUAUUUUAGCCCGUUGAUGUCUCUUAUCAUUGUAAUCAAGCUCAUUGUCACGUUUUACGUGAAGACAUACGAGCUGAAGAAGUGUUAUCAGCCACCGUCGAGACCUUGGCAAGCGGCGCAUAUGCAAACGUUAUUUCUAGCUGUCGCAUUUGUCGCUAUGAUAUGCGUUUUACUCAUAAUAGGAUAUGUAAUCACAUUCGUAAAGAGUAGCGAUUGUGGACCGUUCAAAGAUUUUUCCCAUACUUGGGAUUUCAUUGUCGACGGGAUAUUAUCGUUAAGGAGAGGCAAUGGAUUUUGGAACAUUGUUUCAGAAAUCGCGAGACCAAUAACGAGUACUGUAAUACUGAUCGGAAUGUGCGUUGCGGUGUAUUGUUUGCGGGCUAAAGCAAAAGCAAGCAAGGAAAUGUUACAUAUUUUGUCGGAUAUGCUUUUAAUGCAUUCUCAAGAUAAACAAUUCCUUAUAAAAACUUUAGCUAAAUAUGCUAAUGAACGUGCCCUUGAUCAUAGUGAAAUUAAUUUUAUUCGACACAAUAGAGACACUGAGCAAGAUCAAAGAAGUCAGAAAAAUUUACUUCACCUCCGACGCAACUUACCGUCGACCAGUUUUGAAUUACAAUAAUUACAAGUAAUCGUGUAAAUACAGUGAAAUCUCGUUUAUCCGAAUCAAUCGGGAGACAAGAUAGUUCGAAUAACAGAAACCCAACCUCUAUUAUACGGACUACGGUUCCUACUCCAAUAGGAAGACAUUUAUAUGACAAAAUCUUGCAUGGAAAUUGUGAUUUGCAAAUAUGUAGAUAUAUUUGUUUUGAAAAAUACAUGUAAAAUUAUAUUGAUCUUUUAUAAAAUAUUUGUAACUGUUUGCAGAAUUAAUUUCUAAAUACCAUUUCGGCAAAACAAUAACGAUAUAGCGAAUUAUCUUAGCAGUAUGUCUGCAAAAUUAAAUUUAACGAGAAAUUGUUCAAUUGAGCAAAAAAUUACAGCUAUGUGAUGUUUCAGACAAGUAGAAAUAUAAUUAUAUAUAAAGAAAUCAAAUUAAUUCAUGUAUAUACUUAUG